AUGUCUAUCCACGACCAAGCGACUAUAUCCAUGUCAGAGUUCGCUGAGCUUACCGACGACGCCAUCAUUUCAGACUAUGUAGCUGCUCAUGAUAUCCCAAGCACUGUCGCGCUCCCCAGAAGCGCCUUGGGUUCGUACGACCUACCUGCAAUCAUGCAGUGGCUCUUUCCCGCAGAAUCCAACCCUGUACCACUUGCCUUACUCGCAAAUCACGCAUGGGUGGCACAACCCGACGGAACAUGGAAACUUGAGCGGCACUUCGCCGCGGAGGAAUUUCUUGCGACACCUGAUGAUGAGAUAAAUGGCUCCGUGAUUCCUACGUUGAACCAUUACCCGCCUGAUGGCCUCCCAGUCAGCUCUAGUGUCGAUCUGCUCGACGGAGCCCGCAAGUUAGAAGAUGGGAGGUUAGAGGUUCAUGACGCGCUGCGUGCAUUGCAGGUGUCCAUCAAAGAUGCUACGCUCCUCUACACAAAAGCCAGGCUAGCUCUAGAUGAAGAGCGAGCGAAGACUACGUCGCUCAUGGCGCUUGUUACAAGUAUCUGUGGGCAAGCGUUCGCGGAUAAGAUCGUGCGAACAGUGGAAGUGAUGGAUACUGGUGACUUUGAAGAAGAGGAGGACGGCGGCGAGUCUAGUGACGACCAACGUAACAGUAAUUUCACCCAGAAAAAGCUCCAGCCUUCUCCGCGACGAGCUGGGGUAAACAAAGCGCUGUUUGGAGAUCCGGACUGGGCGUCAAAGAUGAAGGGAGCCUCGGACGCUCUGAGGGAGGAUACCCAUACCGUAUUGAUGCCUCCUCCAAAGACCACCAACCAUGCAGGUCAAUCCGGCGCAUUCCUGAUCUCGAGAUCGAUAGCAACAUCUCCUCGAAAGCGCUCCCGUUCUUCUGAAGGCGAAGACGCAUCUACCAGUCCAAAACGGAUCAAAACUGGUGUAGAAGAAGGAAGUCGCGUGCAAACGCAACUUGCCAAAUCUUCCUCCGCCGCCGUUUUUCGAGGGCAGAAAACCACUCUUGAAUCUAAAAGUAUCGAAGAACGCUCGCCCGUUGAUUUGGACAACUCUGGUAGUAGUGACGAACAAGCAUUGAAUCCCGUUCCUCCCCAACAGGUGUCAGGCAGCUCUGAUCCUGAAAUCGAGGACAGCGACUCGGAUUCGGCUUCGGCCACGUCAAGCUCUGACUCUGAUUCGCCUCUGAUCUCGUGGAGCAGCGUCGUUGGAGCUAUAUCCAACGGUAUCUUUGCUGCGAUGGCAUGGUACACCAACCCACCAGUCACACCUCUCGCUGAGGAGUCAAUUUCUGCGAGAAGGCCAAUUCUCCUUCGCACGGCAACCCCUCCUUCCACCAUUUAUCGUCCUCGUCAGCCAUCAGUCUCACCUCCAGGGCAACUUCGCAGGACGAAGUCAUUUUUCACCUAUAGGAGCAAGAAAACAGGGCGCAUGCUCAGGUCCUUUGGCACCGGCAAGCCUGGAAACCCGCACGUCGUUGAGAGUGAUGAUCUCUUAGACAUGGACUCGUUCUAUGAGAAGGCGCCCCCUCUCUACGCUAACCAGAUGCUUGGAGAAGAAGACGGUGCAAAGAUGCGAGUUAUGAGCACGUUUUCGAUAGUGAUUUAA